UAACAUUUGCCAAUAACCAUACAUGAAUAUGUUUGUGUUUUUCUUUUCUCUGUGUGAUGUUGCAGUCCACCCACCAUAACGCUAACAGUACUACCACCCACUUGACUAGUAAUGUUGUUCGCGUGGCGCCACGGCCAAAAAACCCCUCCGCCCUCAAUAGCUGCUUACACUCGACGACUUAUCCCACAUUCACCAGCAACAUGUACCCCGGAAAUUCCGGCUAUCCCCACAAUUUCACCGUCAACACCCUCAAUUAUCCCACGUAUCCCACAAUGGCGCCCUCGGCGUCGCUCAAUCCCUUCCUGGUGAAGCGGGACGAUUGCCAGGGACACGUGGAACAGCAGCGGCGCGCCGAGAAGAAGUUCGGCUCCCUCAAGUCCCUCGGCAUUCGCAAGUCACCGCAGUUCUACUCGAUGCGCGUAAACAAGGCCUGCAAGAGGCACAACUCCUUCGGCGGCGACACGUCCAAGAUCCCACCGGCGUACAACAACGUCCACCGCGAGAAGUACGAGCAGCAGCCGUUGUACGAGAACCUCACGGACUCCAUCCAGAUUCACGAGUCGCCGCUGCAGAACGAGAGCUCCUUCGCCUCCGUCCUCAUGAACGACGAUUACGUGGUGAAGUGCGAGGGCGAGCGCAACAGCAUCUAUCGCAGCGACUCGGGCAUCUCCAACAGUUCGUACGAGUGCAUCACGCCCGUGCCGGCGCCCAGGACUGGCCAGAGAACCUGCCAGAGUGCACCCAUCUACAUGAAUCUACCGUCAAUGAGCAGUCAGCACGCGUCGAGGAACAUUCAUCCGGCCACUGCAUUCGCCAACUACGAGCGAUCCGCACAGACAAAUCCCUUCGUUGUGAACCAUCGUCGCCAAAUCCUGGCGCCCAAGGAGUUGUUUCCCAGCUCAGGGAGGAAAUCAUCGAGUCGCCGAAUGGUGAAGUUGCCCCUACGAAAGCACCACAGCUUCCACUUUCAGUCCACGGAGCCGCCAAAGAGCCGCGAAGCGUACAAGCAAGGUGGUCCGCUUGUGUUCAAGCCGCUGACAGACAAGAAUGCAUUCAAGCCCAUCACGCCCGUUCCCAAGAGUCCAGGCACGCCGCCGCGAAUAUGCGGCACGAGCCUGAAGAGGCAUGUGUCCAAUGUGGAGGUGCACGAGGCGCCGCACUCCAUGUGCAAUGGGGACGUGAAGAAGAGACUGCACUACGCCGAUCUGGCGCCAAUGGCCAGCAAGUACGGCAAGAAUGGCAGCAGCAGCGCCACGAGCAGCGAAAGUGCCACAAAUGGUGACAGUGAGGAGAGCAUAAGGCUGAGCAAUCUGCCGGAAAAAGGCUCAGUGGGCGUGAAGAGAACUCAAUACGCCACGCUCAAGUUCAAUGAAGUCAAUAUUUAGGCUGCCACAGUCCAGUAAUUUAAGUGAUCACUACUCAUGACACAUCACGCCAUUCCGCCACUGUUCACACGUUUGCCAUAGGGAGAGUGUGUGUGUGUCAGGGGUCAAGAGCCCCACCUCCUGGCCAAGGGUGAGUCACGAAAACCGCCCGUGGUAUUUAAUUACUUGAUUUAAUUAAUAAAUUUGCGCGAAUAUCAAUUCGCUUCACUGCAAAAUUUCACCUUUACAUCAUUGUGGAUUAUUAGGAAGCAGAGUUGUUUAAUUUUCAGUCAGCAGAUAGAGGCUAAGAAGCCUCACUCUUUAGCGAAAUAUAGAGCCUUUCCCAGGAUCGAACCGGGGCUGAACAGAAAUAAGCAUAAAAUCUAGAAAAGCUUCUCUCAAAGUUGAAAUCUUUUCAAUGUUUGAUAAAAAGUAAAGCAUCGGUUUAGAAAUUUGAGGGACACAAGUUCUAUUCUGGACAGGAUGAAAAAUGUAAAUUUAUUUUCUUAACCGUGUCUGACAUGAAAAUGGUCAAGAGAAAUGAAGAUAGAGGGUUAAAGAUAAGAUUUGAAACCCUCUUGACGUUUUUACUUCAUUAAACUUUCAUCUAUUGCAAUGUUUAUUUUCCAAAUCUGUGUUCAUUUGACCAUUCAGUCAAAUUUAUUGGAUUGAUAUUUACAUAUUUUCCCGUAAAUCCAUCAACAACGUAAAAACAAUGGAACGGGUAUUUAUUGAUUUGAAUCAAUUUAUCCACAAUUUAAUUAAAAAUAAUAAUUUUGACCAAUUUGCCGGAUGAUUUAUGGGCAAAGAUUGGCCUGAUGCACUCACUCUCUCUCUUUCUCUUCCUCGAAAACAACCCUAUGUUCUAAAUAAAAUCUACAUUUAAUGUACUGUUUCAACCCUCCUUUCUCUCUCUCUUUCUCAUCUCUCCCGUGGCACAGA